GUGAGUGUGGCAAGAAAAUUUUCCGAAUUUUUCAUUGCGGUGUGCUGAACGCAGACGGAAAGCUAAAAUCUCUAUUUUCGGCGUGAAAAAUGUUUUAGAAGUGUGAUUUUACGAUGAAUAUUGAUAGAGGUUACAGCCAGUCGUGUGAUUUUGGUGAAAUUGUGUGGUUUUAUUGGUGAACAUAGGUAAAUAUGGAGAUAAAUUAUUGGACUUUUCAUUCUACAUAAGUGCGGCAGCUCAGCCAUGAGAUAGUGCAGUGUAUAAUAGUGUUAGUGUGCUUUGCGGUGCAUUCGUAUUGACACACAUAAGGCAGCAACGCUGGCACCACUGCCAGGUGCAACUCUCCGGAACGAACCAAAAGGGAAGGCAAGAAAACUCCACUUUUUUCCGUACCAUCCUAAAGGCUGCUAGUGACAGACGUAGAAAACAACAAUGGAGGCCAUCGUGGAGCAAUUUUUGUGCUUAUAACAUUGUGCUUUUUGUGCGUUUACGUUCGCGGAAACAUAACUUUUGAUCUGUGCCGUGUGUUGACCGUUUUGUGGUUCCCAUUUUGAAAGUGCAGUGAACCAGCCAGCAGUCAUGGAUUUCGACGAAGAUUCUUCCAAUACUAGGGAGGCAUCCUGCACUCCGCCUCUGCCGACGACCGAUUUGACACCCAACGAGAUUAUGAAAUUCGGUCCGGGUGGUGAGGAUUUGCCAACACCGGAGAGACUGGUUCCCUCGGAAACCGUGCCGGAAAAACCUACAUUGGAAGAAGCGGCCGCCACCACUACAGAGGAGGUUCCUAAGCAACCAGAAACGACGAAGGACGAACAGCAGCAAGGUGUCGUCCCCUCGGAAGCAGACAAAAAUGGCGAACAGAACUCGAACGACAAGGACGGUGCUUCCUCCCCCAAGGGGGCAAAGUCUGCCGUCGGAGAGAUAGGCGAGAAAACACCGUUCAAGAAGCCGGAAACCGUCGUGGAUGAAGGGAAACGAUCUGAAAAAUCUUCAUCAAAAUCAGAAAAGUCUCACAAGUCGCCUAUCAGAGACAAAACUGAACGAAAGUCUGAUUCAAAGGAUUCGGAACGAUCUAAAAUCAGCAAAGGCAAAGAUCGCGAAAAAGACCACAGCAAGGAUAGGGACAAGGCAAAAGAAAAAGAAAAGGAUAAGACUAAAGAUAAAGAAAAGGAAAAUUCUAAAAAAGUCAAACAGAAAGAUAAUGAAAAAGGUCAUUCUAAAGAUAGGAAAGACAAAGAUAGGAAAGAGCUUGAUAAGCGGAAAGACCGUAGAAGUCGUAGUCGUUCAAAGGACGAUCGCAAAAAACGCGACGAGUCGAAGUCAGAUUCGUUGCGAAGCAAAUCGGAUGUAAGAAAAGAUAGCGAAGAUCGAUCCAAAUCCAACCGUAGCCGAAAAUCACGAUCGAAGGAACGUGAUAAGAAGAAAAGAGGCGUCACUCCGUCAGUCGAGAAAAAUCGUAAUCUGGAUCGCAAAAAGAGCAUGUCACGCCAGAUUUCCGAGGAUCGAAGCAAAUCCCGUCGGUUUGGUUCGAGAGAUCGGUCGUUGGACGUGAGAUCCAAGGAAAGCAUCUCAAGUGGAAGCCAAGACCCAUCCGGUCGUUUUGGUGCUCGAAACAGUUCCAUUGACACAUCCAUACAGAAGCGUAACGAAAGAUCGCCUGUAGCUCUAUCCUCGAUCAAGCACACGAUCAGUCUCCCCAUAAUAACAUGGCGACAAAAGGUUUUCCCCAAGGCACCCGUUCGCCCAGCUCCGAUAACUCCGGCAAUUGCAGCACUACAGGCUUACGAUGAUGACACCAACUCGUCGGAAAAUGAGGAAACGCCCAAAAAGAAACCCAAAGGGUUAGCGGAAAAGUCCAAGAAAAAGAAAAGUGUAGUUGAAAAAAAUAAAAGCAAAGGCAAGGACAAAGAAAAAAGCAUUUCAAAAAAAAUAAAGGAUGGCUCUUCCCAUAAGAAAAAGUCUAAAGAAAAACGUAAAGCGGAUAAAAAACGGAAGAGAUCCUCAUCUGAAGCAAAGAAGAAAAAACACAAAGCAAAGAAGCCAGAGGAAGUUCCCGCGAAAGAUACCACGGAUACGGAGAUGGAUGUUUCACUGCCAGAAGACGGAGAAGACUUGUUGGAAGAGGAAGAGCAAAUUAUCAAGCGGAUUAAAUUGGAAAAGCUAGACGAGAGGGAUGAAUUGCAGUUCCAAAAAAUCGAUAUCGAUUACAGUAUCGUCAAACAGGAGCCUUUAACAGAUGAAGAGAAAGACAAAGAUAAACAAGUUUCUGCUGCUGAAAACACACCAGAAGCGGUACCACCAGAAACAGUGGAGGAGAAAGAGGUACCUCCCGAUAAGGUUGACAAUGUAGAGCAGAAAGAUCCGGUAUCAUCUGCGCGGCCCAAAUUCAGCUGUUCAUUCCUGAAAGAUUUGAGUAGCGACAGCAAACCAAGUUUAUCUCUGAGCACCAUUGAAAAACCGGAUCUAGAGGAUCGCAAUCGUAAGGAAACCGAUUCUCCGGAUACCGAUGAUUAUGCUUCUAAUUGGGAAAAUGACGAGUUCAGUAGCCCGAUAGUAACCAUCAGUAAAACAUCGAUUGAAGCCGCCCCUGCGAAAGAAGAAAGUAUGUCUACAACAACGGAAGGAGACAGCAAGCGUUUGAGGCUGGCUCCAAAAAGUAUUCACGAGCAGAUUAUUCCGCUGGAUGAUUUGCUGGACAUACAAAGCAAAUUGCAAACCAUAAAAUCCCAGAUGGAACAAAAAACGGAAUCGUUGGAAAACACUGCUAAUGUUGUUGAGAGUAAGAAGACAGCGAUUGCAGGAGAUGCUGUUCCGGAAAAACUUGCUAGCGAAUACGAAAACUUCAUUCAACUGUUGGAUCCAUCGAAGGAAGUUGCACCAGAAAUUGCUUCAAAAGCAGAAGUCGAUGAUGCAGCAGAUGGGAAAAAGAAAUCCGCUGAACGAAGGGCUUCUUCAAGCACGUCUACAAGCACAACCACUACUUCAGAGAGCUCAAGUUCUAGUUCCGACUCGAGCUCGUCAAGUUCUUCUUCAAGCUCGAGCUCCAGUUCGUCUGAAUCAUCAACUGAAAGUUCUGGCGAAGAGAACGUAAAAGUCAAAAAGAAAAAGAAGGUGGUGCUUGUGAAGAGAAGGAAGAAAACACCCGUCAAACCCAUUGUUUCAUUUGAAGACAUUGAAAAAUUAGCCAGUGAACUUGUAGAGCCUGACGACAACGAAAGCAACACUGCAAUUGAACUCGCACCCCCGGUUGUAAUUCCUGUUGCACCAGAAGUGACACCUCCAAAACUCCCUACGCUAGUCUUACCGGAUCAUCUAUUGCCGAAGAUAAAAACGCCAUCCAUCCCAUUAACGACACCUCCCAAAAUCUAUAGCAUCCGAGAUGAUUCGUUAGUAGAACCGAUCAGCAGUCAGGAAUCCAUUACUAGUGCUAUUAAGCCAUUAACGCUGGAACGUGAAUCGCCAUUCAAACUAAAACUACAAAAUAAGAACAAAGUGAUUCCCGCGAUGACAACUGCCUUGUUGGGACCGGAAGAUGAAGAAGAAACACCAGCAAAAGAGGCGAAAAAAGAGGACCAUUCCAAACCGCCGCCUGUCCCUAAAGAAAAAAGUCGACACAAAGAAGAACGCCGUGAUUCGAAACGUUCUCGGGAGCGAAAAACCAAGGAUCGUUCUCCCAAUCGUGCCCGGGAUAGAAGUACACCACCCAAGAAACGGCGUUCGAAAGAUCGAAGGAGCAAAUCAAAGGAUCGAAGUCCAAUCAGGAAGCGUAUCUCGCAAGACAGAGAACGAGAACGUCGAAGGGAAAGAAGUCAUCUGGCGCGGUCUCCGCCGUCACGCAGAUUGAGAAGUCCCCCUCCGCCUCCCCCGCCUCGACGACGACGAACGCGUUCCAGAUCCAGGAGUCUCAGUCCUAAACUUGUACGAAGGCCGCCCAGCCCACCAGCUGAAAGAAGUCCUCGAAGAUCGUCAACCGAACGCGAAUGGAGACGUUCCAGAUCUCCUUAUUACCAGCGGCCUCCUUCUCCCAAGGAAAAACCGCCGACGGAGAAUCAAAUCGAUGUGGUCACCAGUUCCGGAACCUUCACCUCUCCCAAAGACCAAUCGCCGGUGGCGGGAUACAAGAAAAGCAUUGCCGAUUCGACUAUUAGUGAUGCUGAGUUGGAAAACCAGAAACGGAAAAUUACAGCUUACAGUGAAAGCUCCGCCUAUAACAACGUUUACUCCAAAAAUUAUGGAUUCUACGAUCCUCAGGAUAUGGUUCUCGAAGGACCAGAAGGUGGAGAUUCACCCAAGAGGAUACCAUUGGACGAUAGAAUUAAUAUUGUGUUAGGAAUCAAUGGCACUGAAGUACCGAAAAGGAUUGAAACUACAUCUCAACAACCUCCACCUGAAAGCUAUGGCGAUUAUCAACCAAUUCAAACUAUUAAUCAUGACACACGCCAACAACCGCCCCCGCUUCACCCACAUCAACAAUAUCCACCUCAAUUCGCUGGAUCGAUCAACUCCCAAAUAGUGCAUCCUCCUCCUCAACAACACUACCAAUCAGGUUAUCCCCAAGAAUACCAUCAUAAUAUCCCUCCCGGACCAUCUGGUCCACCCGGAUACGCAUACGGUCAAGGGCCGCGUCCUCAAUUCUGUCCUGGUCCACGUGGACCUCCGCAAAACUGGCAACGAGGACCACAUCCUCCUAUUCCGCCACAGCCAAUUCCCUCGCAUGUCAAUCUAUACCAAAACGACAUGUAUCUUCAUAAUCCCAGCAUCCCACCUCCGCCGCCGACAUCACUGCCGGUGGAUCCGGCCAAAACCCACGUCAAACAGGUAGGUAAUGUGUUGGAGAUUGUUCCUGCUAUCGUCCCGCCUCCAGUUCAUUCGAUCAAAGUAACUCCACCGCCAACUCCCGUCGAACCUCCCGUGGUCCAACUUCAAAACUUCCCUGUCCAACCGUCCCCCUCGAUUGCUCCCAUUACUAUACCGCCGCCUGCUUCUUUUAUCCUUGUAACUCCCAAGAUCCUAACCGCCGAAGAGUUGAAAAUCCGUCAUGAACGAAGGCUCGAAUUGAAAAAGAAAAUACGCACCGAACGGGAGAAGAAGCGCAUGGAGAAAAAGAUGCGCAAGGAGAAACUCAAAAUGGAGGUCAAACGUCUACUGUCCGAAACGGCCUCGGUGGCCAAUGCGUCCUCGUCAGAUGAAGAAUUUGCGGCCAUCAAACAUCAAGAUUUGGUUUCCUCGUUGAAUCGGAACUACGAUCGGAGCAUACUGCGAACGAAAACCGGUUCAUGCGUUGCCAGGAAAAAGGUUCUGUUUGCCGACGGUGUGGCUCCUGGCGACGAAUCCUCAUCAUCUGGUGCCGAAGCGCUCCGGUCCCCUGCCAAGAUUGCCGCCUCCAAAACGCGCAAAAAAUUGCGCCGGAAACGAACAUUGAAGGCCACCGGAAGGAAGCGGUUGAUCGAUCGGCUGAAGCUACCGGAUAUCAAUCUUGAGGAACAAGAACAAGUCGAUCCGGAGCUGGAAAGCAUGCCACCGCCUCCCCCUCCGCCUGGUUCACCACCGCCUGAACUGCUCCAACCCCGCUGCAUUAAUCCGCCUCCAGUGCAAAUGAUUGAUUUACGUGAUGUUCCACCAAUGCUGCCAUUUCGUUCUUCUAGUGGCAGUUCUACACCUUCGGGUACGCCUUCUUCUGGUGGCGCUAGCAUGCCGCCUUCAGCGUAUUCUCCAGCAUCAACACCAUCAAACGGUGGCAAUAAUACUACUAUUAAUCCAAAUCACAAUAUGAACAGCCACGGUGGACCACCUCCGCCAUCCAGUGCAUCCGGUGUUAGUCCCAGUAUGUACAGACCAGUCCCUAUGCCUCCGAAUAUACCGCCACCCCAUAUGAGAGGGCAUCAUCAUCACAACCAUCAUUUUCAUCCACUGCCACCCCACUUGCAUCCUCCUCCACCUCCGCCAUCCGGUAUGGCUCCGGGUGGAUUGAUGAAGAAAUCCCGCCGGGACGGAUACCGAAGUGGCCCCCAUCCACCGCCAAUGGAUCAGUCGCCACAUCCGAUCGAAACGAUUGGAACUUCCGGGCCUUCUUCACGGCACUCUAUGUAUGAGCCGAUGCAUUGAUGUUGCUUGAAAGGAGAAUUCAUUUGAGAAAAUUUCACAAAACAACUAGCGAACUCAAUAAUAGUAAUAUAUUAUAAAAUUUAGAUCGUAAGAACAUUCAAAAAUUUAUUCAAUUCAAACAUUGGAUCAAACACCUUACAUGAACGAAUUAUAUUCAAUAAAACCAAUGCAUAGGAAGCUGUAUUGCAAUUAUUUUGAACUACCCAUCUGCGUGAAAAGUUAGAUUUACGCAUAAAGAAUAAAUUUAAACUUAAGCUAUCUGUCGUCUUGUGUUGAACAUACCUAAUUUAAGCAUAGAUUGGAUUUUAUGUAAAGUCUUAAGAAUAAACAAAUGUUAUCUUCUGUAGAACA